AUGAUCCAAAGCCAUCACCAAGUCUGGGUCCGUGACGGGGAAAACGCGUCGGAAGAAGCCGGACGCAAGAAAUCUCGACUCCAUUUUGGAGCACUUGCCAACGGUGGCAACUUCAAGAUGUUGGAAGAGGCCCUACGCGAGAAAGCUAGAGCCAUCGCGGACAAGGAAGCAAGCCCGGAUUUGGUGCUACUUCAAUUCGGAGAGAGGGCUAAUGAGCUGGAGGAUGACAUUGACGAGCUGGAGGAAGGCUGGAUUGAUUGCUAUUAA